ACCCAGAAUACAUGUAUGUAUUUCAAAUUAAAGGUAACAUACGACUUCAAAUUAAAAUUUGACAAAAACUCGGGAGACAUCUUGAACAGCCAUUGUGAGUGUCCUGCAGGACGAGGUCCCCAUGGAACUUGCAAGCAUCUUACUGCUGUUGCCAUAGUUUUACUCUCUUGUUCUGAAGGAAAAGGUUUGAGGAUUCAGAGAUCAUGCACAGAAAACCUGCAGACAUUUCAUAAACCCAAACAUUCAUACUCAGGUUCACCAGUCAAAGCUGAAGAUCUGCCCAGGAAGCGGAAUCUGACUGAUGAUUUUUUAAAUGAUCCCCGCCCUGAACAUCUAAAAGGUGUAGCUGGUUACCCGGAUAGGGUUCGCAAUAUGGUCUUAAACCAUUGUGCAGAGACCUCAGACAAUCUGACAUACAGAUAUCUCAUCGAGAAAGCAAAUAUUCAGGCAGCAGUAUUGGACCAUGAUUAUUUGGAAAGACCCUUCACAGAGUAUUGGGUUCAACGAGCUGUUGAGGUAACAGCAGAUAAAGUAGUUGCCAUUGAGGAGCAGACACGUGGACAAGCCAGCUCAAAUAAUUGGUUCAAGGAGAGAUCAUGGCGGAUCACAGCCUCAAGAUUUGGAGAUAUCUGUUUAGCUACAGACAGGCGUAAUAGGCAGAAACUCUGCGAGUCCCUAUACCAGCCUUCUGCUGCUGUAUUUCGCAGUGAAGCUCUAGUCCAUGGAAGUACCUACGAGACACGUGCUAUUAGAUCCUUUGAAAGAGAGACUGGCCAAGGUGUUCAAAGAUGUGGUUUCUUUGUUGAUAUGGAUCGACCUUACUUGGGGGCAUCACCGGAUGGACUCGUUGGCAAUGAUGCACUAAUUGAAGUCAAAUGUCCCUUUGCUGGUCGCUUUGAGAAGAUUCAGCCUGGAAAGUACUUCCCAUAUCUAACAAUGGACUCUGUAACUGGUGAAAUGAAAUUGAAACCCACCUCUAAAUAUUUUUUCCAAAUACAAGGCCAAAUGCUUAUUGCCAAAAAACAAAUUUGCUAUUUUGUUGUAUACACUUUCAAAGAUUUGUUCAUCCAGAAAGUACAUAUUGAUGUAGAAUGUUGCCAGAAUUCUCUUCUUCCAAAGCUUGAUGUAUUCUAUGAUAAAUUUUUCAUGCCAUACUUGUUAUCCUUGCUGUAAAGUGGAAGCAUAUAUGCAAACUUGUGUAAAAGUUUCUUCUAAAUGAUUUAUCGAGACAGUUCAUUUUUUUUAUACAGAAUCUUUUUUGUAUUCAUGAUUUGAUUAGAGUCUGCAAAUGAUUCUUCAUGUUUUUUUGCCUAAGUUUCUGCCCAGAAUGCCAAUCAAUUUCAGAUGAAAUACAUUGCAUAUCCAUGAUAUGAAAUUUUCUGUAUUGACAAUAUACAUGUAACAAUGCAUAGAUGUU